AGGAAAGCAGAAGGAAAUCCCGUUCUCCGUCCUCCUCCAACGGCCAGAUCUCCGUCACCUUGGCUCUGCGCAAAACCCUCACUCGGAUUUAUUCGUCACCGUGCAAUUAUGGUCCGAAUCCAAACCGCUAGGAGUACCCUUACAGACCCCAUACAAGGCAUUCAAAUCCGCUAGAUCAUGGAACGAAUGGCUGCAAAUGCCCGUCUCGAUCAAAGAUGCUCCUCUGAAGAGUCAGCUAGCGAUCACGGUCUGGGACUUAUCACCGUUUGGCGGCGAGGGAGCUCAUGGCCAUUACGUACCCUUCGGUGGAACAACAAUUUCACUCUUCGACGCGGACGGGAAGUUGAAGAUGGGCAGGCAGAAAUGCAAGAUAUACCGACAUCGAGCUGCGGAUGGAUUCUCUUCAACUACCACCCCAUCGACUCCACCACCCAAACGUCGGAAAGCGAACGCUCCUGACCCAUUGGGUCCGUCUUUGGAAGAAAUGGAGUUAGAAAGAGUCGAGGUGCUGAUCAAGAAGCAUGAGAUGGGGGAGCUGCCGCGGAUCGAUUGGAUGGACCAGAUGGUCUUCCGACAACUGGAGAGAUUGAAGCUCAAUGCCGAGGAGGCUGCGAGGAAACGGGCCAUACGCAUGAAGGCCAUCAAACACAAAAGCUCCGACGGCCGGAUAGACGAUGGCGACGAUUCCGACGAAGAUAAGGUGGACGAUGAGAAUUUCACCCUCUACGUCGAAUUUCCCCGAUUCGACCAUCCCAUCGUUUGGGCUGAUCAUGAGUACCCGGCGCCGCCAAUCUCGACCUAUCCCCAGAAUGCGCCCAUGAACACGAAUACUCCGCUCAAGCCCCUUCCAGAGGUCCGAUUCGGCCCCGGGAUUGAGGGUGCCGACGGCAGUGGUGUGAUCAGGAUAUACGACCCCGAAGUCGGGCAGACAGGAAACCCAUGCGAGGACAAGCACCGAAGACUGAUUCGGAGCACCCGCACGGGCAUUAUGGAUCGGGAUUUGAAGCCAAACCCUAAGAUUCGCGAUGAACUCAAUGUGAUUCUAUCAUACGAGCCCACCCAGGAUUUAACAGCAGAGGAGAAAGAUCUUGUGUGGCGUUUCAGAUAUUAUCUAACGCGCGAGAAGAGGGCACUCACGAAGUUUGUCAAGUCUGUUAACUGGCGUGACGUCGGUGAAGCGCAUCAGGCAGUGGAGAUCCUACCCAAAUGGACGGAAAUCGACGUCGACGACGCACUCGAGCUACUGGGGCCGACUUUUGACAACGCCGCGGUUCGUUCAUAUGCCGUAGAGAGACUCCGCAAGUCUGACGACGAGGAGUUGCUGCUCUAUCUGCUGCAACUCGUGCAGGCACUCAAAUACGAGGAAAACCCCGAGGGCGCCGCAGGGGACGCCUCUCAUGACUCGUCGCUAGCCAACUUCCUCGUCACGCGUGCCGCAAACAACUUCAAACUAGGCAGCUAUCUACACUGGUACCUGAUGGUCGAAUGCGACGACACUGGGCCGGGUACAUUGUCCGCGCAACGCAGACUGUUCGCGAGGGUGGAAUACUACUUCAUGACCGAAUUGGAGCAGAUACAACCAGAGCAUCGCAAGACACUGCUACGGCAGGGCGAGCUCGUGGUCAUACUCACAAAGAUCGCGAAAGACGUCCGCUUCUCCCGCGAUAACCGUAUCCUCAAGAUCGAGAAGCUGAAGAAAUUCCUCAAAGACCCGAAGCACGAACUGCUCCAGAUCGAUCCACCACUGCCACUGCCCCUAGACCCGGAGGUUAUGGUGACGGGCUGUCACCCGGACGAAGCCAACGUCUUCAAAUCCUCCCUCUCGCCGCUCCAGAUUGUCUUCAAGACCGCGGACGGCCGCAAAUACCCUAUAUUGUUCAAGGUCGGCGACGACCUCCGACAAGACCAACUGGUCAUCCAGAUCAUCAUCCUCAUGGACCGCCUCCUCCAAAAAGAGAACCUCGACCUCAAACUCACGCCCUACCGCAUCCUAGCCACCAACGCCACCGCGGGCGCCGUACAGUUCAUCCCCUCGGCCUCCCUAUCAGCCAUCUCGGCCAAAUACAAAUCCGUGCUCGCCUACCUGAAGGAGAACAAUCCGGACGACACCGAGCCCCUCGGCGUCCGCAAGGAGACCAUGGACACCUACAUCAAGUCCUGCGCCGGAUACUGCGUGAUCACCUACCUCCUCGGCGUCGGCGACCGCCACCUGGAGAACCUGCUCCUCACCCCGGACGGCCACUUCUUCCACGCCGACUUCGGUUUCAUCCUCGGCCGCGACCCCAAACCGUUCGCCCCGAUGAUGAAGCUCUGCAAGGAGAUGGUCGAGGGCAUGGGCGGCACCACCUCCCCCUUGUACCUCCAAUUCAAGCAGUACUGCUUCACCGCCUACACCACGCUGCGCAAGUCCGCCAACCUGAUCCUGAACCUGUUCAGUCUGAUGGUCGACGCCAACAUCCCGGACAUCCGCGUCGAGCCCGACAAGGCCGUCCUCAAGGUCAAGGAGCGCUUCCACCUCGAGAUGACCGAGGAAGAGGCCAUCCGGCACUUCGAGCAGCUCAUCGGGGACAGCGUGAACGCCAUCUUCGGGGUGGUCAUCGAUCGGUUGCAUGAGUUUGUGCAGGGGUGGAGGGCUUGAUUCGGUCCCCCUUUGUCCAGUCAUUUUGAUGGGAAUCUGUCUGUAGCGAUUUUCUUUCUUUCUUUCUUUCUUUCUUUCUUUCUUUCUUUUUUUUUUCAAAUGUGUUGUCAUUCUGCGGGACUCUUAGAAUAGGCAUGUAGGAGUCAGGCGCUCUCCAGAUGGGACGGACGGG